AUGGGAGCGAACAGAGAUUACAUAAUGCUACCCAGCAGGUCACAGCAAGUUUUUGAGCAGCAGCUGCAGCAACAGAAUAAUUCUCAGCCAAACAUCCUUCAGCCGCACUUGCAAUCCAUGUUACUUCAGCAACAAAGACAACAACUUGUUGCAGAUUCUCAAACAUUUUUAUUUGUUAUAAGAAGGACGUUUUUAUUUGUCCUUACAGGCAGGCUAAGCUUGUUGAGCAGCGCUGCAAAAUACAAGGUUACCGUUGGUGAGAUUAAUCGACGCUUGUCUCCUCCUGAAUGCCUCAACGCGUCUGUGCUUGGCGGAAUUUUGAGAAGAGCAAAAUCAAAGGAUGGUGGAAAGUCUUUACGUGACCAGCUCAAAAGGGUUGGUCUUCAGCUACCAGCGGGAAGAAGGAAGGCAACCAACGUUAAUUCGCUCACUGCUUUAGUCGAAUUUGAAGCAAUGCACUUGGCGAAAGACUUCAAUACUGUAUGUGAGAACGAGUUUCCAGCUAGAGCAGUAGCUGAAUAUUUGACUUUACAUCACUGUUCAAUGGAGACUGCUGAUAUCCAGAGGCGUAAAAAUAUGGUUCUAGCAACAAGGACAAUAAUUGCCGAAUUGAAAGAACUUUUAGCUAAUGACAGAAGUCCCUUAUGUUCAUCAAGGCCUCAACCAGUCUUAGAGCCUUCUAUUCAAAGUCGUCUCACUCACUUUUCAAUGGUA